AUGGGUAACCUUUCGACAUCUCUUACAAAAUUUUUUGCCGGCAGUUGUAAAAUCCAAGGGCGAAUUCCUAAUGAGGUUGGGAACUUAAGCAGCUUAUUGUUCCUUGAUAUUUCUGGAAACAAUUUGGUUGGACCGUUUCCCACAUCAAUUGGCAACUUGAGAAACCUUCAGCGCUUCAACUUGAGUAACAACAAACUUACAGGAUAUUUUGGUGAUCAUAUAUGUAAAUUGCAGCGUCUGGGUGAUAUUUACUUGGAUCAAAAUCAACUUUCAGGAUCUCUUCCUAAUUGUUUAGGGAAUAUUACUUCCCUUAGGGAGAUACAUGUGGGUUCCAAUAAAUUGAGUUCCAAUAUGCCACCAAGCUUAGGGAACCUUCAAGAUAUAUUGGUUCUUGACUUAUCGUCAAACAACAUGGUAGAUUCUUUACCUCCAGAAAUUGGAAAUCUAAAGGUUGCGACACUGAUAGAUUUGGCAAUGAAUCAGUUCUCAAAUGAAAUUCCUAGAGAAAUUGGAGGAUUGCGAACUCUGGUGCACCUUUCUUUGAAACAUAACAAAUUGCAAGGAUCUAUACCGAACUCAGUGAGCAACAUGGUAGGUUUUGAAUUCCUAGACCUUUCUCACAAUAAUAUAUCGGGAACCAUUCCCAAGUCUUUGGAGAAACUUCAAAACCUGAAGUAUUUCGAUGUUUCUGUCAACGAAUUGUACAGAAGACGUAAAAGGGCUCCUCAACAAGCUGAUUCAUUGGCUUCCAUAACAAGAGAAAUAAUUUCAUACUAUGAAUUGCUCCAAGCAACUGAUACGCUUAGCGAGAGUAAUCUGAUUGGUUCCAGAAGUUUUAGCUCUGCUUACAAAGGCAUUCUCACAAGUGGAACUGCCAUUGCAGUUAAAGUGUUCAAUCUGCAAGUGGAUAAGGCAUUCAAGAGCUUUGAUAUGGAAUGUGAAGUUCUGCGCAACCUUCGCCACAGGAAUCUCGUAAAGGUCAUCAAUAGUUGUUCCAACCUUGAUUUUAAGUCUUUACUGUUGGAUUAUAUGCCUAAUGUGAGUCUUGAGAAGUAUUUGUAUUCACACAACUACUUCCUCUACAUCAAGCAGAAACUAAGCAUAAUGAUAGAUGUGGCAUGUGCUUUGGAAUAUCUGCACCAUGGGUGCACAUUGCCAGUGAUUCACUAUGAUGUGAAGCCUAGUAACAUCUUGCUGGAUGAGGAUAUGGUUGCCCACCUAAGCGACUUUGGCAUCUUGAAACUUCUUGGUGAAGAUGAGAGCGAUUUAUUCACAAAAACCUUAGCAACACUGGGUUAUAUUGCGCCAGGAGAAAGCCUAAUGAUUUUGAGGGAGAUCAGCUUGAAGCAAUGGGUGAGUCAUUCACUCCCUGAGGCAAUAAUGGACGUUCUAGAUGCCAAUUUGAUAACACCAACGAAUAAUCGCUUACAAAAGGAGCUAGAUGUUGUGGCUUUAGAUUUCUCUGCUGAAUCUUCGGAAGGAAGGACAAACAUGAAAGAUGUUGUUGGGAUGCUACAGAAGAUCAUGAUUCAACUUCUUGCAGUAUCAAGGCGAUACUCAGGAGAAAAGGAUACAAACAAGGAAGAUCUUCCAGGAUCUGAUGCAUUGGUUAUGUCUACCAGGGGUCACAGUCAUGUUGAAGUCCCAAAAUUUGCUGCUAAUUUGAUCGGUGCUUCAAAUAUCAAAUCAGGGCAGCAGCUACCUGGAAACAUAGGUGUUUUAGGUGAUAAAAUGAUUGAACAGAGCGUUGGUAGAGGAAAACAGGUUGCUGGUCACGUUGAGAAAACUGCAUACUGUUGA